AUGGAGGAAAAUAUUGUAGCAAUUGCAGAGGUGCUGAAUGAUGCGGAAGAGAAGCAACUAAUCAGUGAGGCAGUCAAAUUAUGGCUGGAUGAUCUAAAAAACUUGGCUUAUGAUGUGGAGGACAUACUCGACAAGAUUUCCACUGAGAUGUUGCGACGCAAGCCAAAGGAGAAACAACGGGCUGGCACAAGUAAGGUACGAAGCCUCAUUCCUAAAGUUAAAUUGUUGCAAUUUAGUAUGAACUCUGAAAUAAAGGAGAUUACUCAACGGUUACAAGAAAUAUCUAAACAAAAAGAUGAGCUCAGUUUAAUAUACAUUGGAACAACAACUACAAAAAAGGCAUGGAGAAGGCCCCCAAGUUCAUAUGUGCUAAGUGGAGUACCCUUUGUUGGAAGAGAUGAUGACAAAGCAAAGAUUCUUGAACUGUUGUCCAGAGAUGAGCCUGCUACUGUCAAUUAUGAUGUAGUUGCCAUUGUUGGCAUGCCUGGUGUCGGGAAGACAACACUUGCUCAAGUUUUGGUCAAGGAAACCAACGAUACAAUGAUACAGUUUAAUUCUAAGGUAUGGAUCUCUGUGUCUGACGACUUCAAUCUUGUAAGGGGGUGCUUUGCCUAUUGCUCAAUUCUUCCAAAUUACUAUUAUUUUGCGGAGAAGCAAUUAAUCCUUCUAUGGAUGGCAGAGGGUUUGCUUCAGCUACCAGAAGAAGGAAAAGAAAUGGAAGAUAUAGGAGGUGACUAUUUUGCAGAGCUGUUAUCUCGGUCAUUAUUUCAAAAGUCGAGCAAAGCCAAUUCACUAUAUAGAAUGCAUGACCUUGUUGGCGAUUUUGCAAGGUGGGCUGCAGGAGAGUUAUGUUUUAGACUCGAGGAUAAACCAAAUGGUACGUGUUCUUCUAAAACUCGUCAUAUUUCUUACACUUCUGGUAACUAUGAUGGGAUUAAAAAGUUCGAGGCAAUUUCUAAAUUCAAUUUUGACAAGCUUGAGGCAUUUUCUGAAGUCAAACGUUUGCGUACUUUCCUACCGCUUCCACUUUCAGAUGAUCCACAUAAUUAUUUGCCUAGCCAGUAUAUGAAGUACCUUGAUCUUUCUUACUCAUUAAUAGUGAACUUUCCGGAAUCAACAAGCAAGCUUUACAGCUUACAGACAUUGAUAUUAGGCAGUUGUUCUAAACUGAAAGCGCUACCUGCAAACAUGAAGAAUUUGACUAAUGUGCGUUAUCUCAGCAAUUUAAACUUGCUGUCUUUGCAAGGAAUGCCUCCACAGCUAAGUCAAUUGACUAAUCUGCAAACAUUGACUAAUUUUGUCUUGGGAAAGAGUGGUGAGUCAAGUGUGAGGGAGAUUGGGCCCAUGUUGCUUCUUCGAGGAACAUUGCGCCUCUCAAGAUUAGAAAAUGCGAUCGAUGUUGAGGAUGCAAGGCAAACAGACUUAAUUAGCAAGGAAGGGCUUAAUACAUUGCAGCUGGAAUAG